AUGAAUAGCAGUGCUCUAAAUAAAUCAAGAAGACAAUAAAGUUCCUAUGAUUCUAAUUAAUAAUUAAGAACUAUACUCUUAGCUUCAUUAUCUAAAUUACAGUAUUAUUAUAAACUUUUCAUUUAGUUCCUAAAUCACAGCAUAAACAGGAUUUAAUGAAUUGAGAUAAUUAAUUAGCUAAUUGCCAUUAAACUAAUUUGUCAUUUUUAUUAAUUUACUUGAUUCUAAUGAUCUCUCUAAAUAGGCAAAGAAGGAUUAUAUAAAAGUAUUCGGUCUCUUAGCUGAAUUAAGAGGUAAUGAUAUUGAAGAAUAAAUACCAAGAAUUGUUCAAAUUAUUAAUAAAAGAAUUUAAGAAGGUAUAAUCAUAUAUCCAAUUUAUAAUAGGAGAUUCUUCUUUCUAAUAAGUAAUCUCAGAUAUAUUUGCUAAUAUAAAUGAAUUUACUGUUUAGACUUCUCAAAAUAAAUAUGAUUUAUUCUACUAAAUCACUGAAUUAUUGUAAUCUAAUUUUGUGCAUCAUAAUAAAGUUGCUUAAUUAAUAAGUGGAGUUUCUUUAUCUAGAAUUAUUAAAACUAGUGAGUCUCGAUUAUUGAAAUUUGUAUGUAAAUAAUACACCCAAAGAACCUUAGAAAUUUUGAAGUAAAUCUAUUAUUUCUAUAUUUAAGAUCAUCGCAUUGUUAAACAUAACAAGGAUUAUUAGAAAGUCUUCUAAGUAUAAUCUUAAAUGUAGAAGAAAUCUUUGAACCUAAUUUAGAAGAUUGUUUAAAUACAAUUUGUAAUUGUUUAUAAUCAUCUGAAUGGAAUUCACGGUAUCAUUUUUGUUAUGAUUAGUAAAAUUGCAGUAGAUAUAUUGUAUACAUUAACAGUUAUUUUUCCACAUUAUUUUAGAGCUAACAACUAUUAUUAAAAUAAAAUUAGUUUAUUAAGAUUUGAUAAAAUUAAACAUGUGAGAGAUGCUGCUACUAUUGUUAUGUCUUAAUUGUAAGAUUCUCGAAUAUUAUCACAACCAUACUAAAAAGAAUAUAAAUCUGUAUUUAAACAAAAUGCAAAUAAAUGUUUUUUCGAAAAAAAGCCUGAUAUUUAAAUUGUUGAGAAUAAGCCAAGAGAUUUUAAUUUACUAAAUUAAUAAUAAGGUUUUAAAUAAGAAUAUCAUUUAAAAAGUGAAGUUUUUAUACCUAAAUAAAAUCAUCAAUAGUUUAGUAAUGAAAAAAAUAAAACACCCAAUUAAUUCUUUACAGAAUCCAAUUUCUUAUCAUCCCCUCAUUAAGGAUAAAUUUAUAUGUAGUCUCCUUAUAAGAUUAAUAGCUUUGAUUCAAGUUCUAAUAAGAAAAGAUUAAUCAAUUUAAGUUAAGAUAUUUAAACAUCCAAAUUAAUUAUAUCAUCUUCCACUCCUAAGAAAUCAUAACCAGAUUUAAUUAAAUUAUAUGAUUCUGCUAAAGCUAAACAAUACACUUUUUAUGAUAAACUAAUUACUAAUAGAAUUUAAGAAUCUGAAUUAAUAACUAAAUAAGAAUUUUCUAAUAUUAAUUAAAGAAUUGAUAAAAUAGAAUUAUUAUUAGAUAAGAUGAAUGAUACAAUUAAUAAGAAAUUAUAACAAUAAGAAUAUUAAUAAUAUGAUUCCUAGAAAUAGAAGGUACAACCUAUUGUUAUUUAUGAAGAUUAAAUGAUUCCAUGUUUACUUCAUUAAGAAAUUAAAUAAAAAGAAGAACUUGUUUAUGAUUCAUUAGAUGAUGUGGAUUCUUAAAAAUAAUAAAAUAAUUAAAAAAUGAAAGAUUUAUUUAUUUUUAGAUAAAAAUGUGAAUUAAAUACUGAAUCUAAAUUAGGUGAAUCAAAUUUAGAAUUAAAUUCAAGAAAAAUGAGUGAAGCUGAAGUUAAAGAGAGAGAAAUUAAUUAAAAAUCUAUGUCUGAAGCUUCACCUUUAAAAAAUAGAGAUUAAUCAAUUUUAACUAAUGAUAGCAAAUAGACAAAAGAAUAGAAUUCUCCAUUGAUUUAAUAGAGAGAUCCUAAAAUUUUAGAAUAAUAAAAGAUAAUGUAAAAAGUAGAGGAACAAUUGAAAGUAAAUUUAUUUUAUAAAUUUUAGAAAGAUAAUAUCAAUUAAGCUUAUUGUAAGGCUAUAAAUUCUUUAGAUGAUCAAAUUAUUAUAUCAACAAUGAUGAAAACAGGCCCUUGCACAGAAAAACUUGAUUCUACUCAAGUGGAAUUUUUAUUACAUAAAUUAAGAAGUUUGGAUUGGAUUGAAAAUGCUCUUUAACAUCAUUUAGCUAGAAUGCCAGCUAUUCUUUUAAAAUCGAUAUCAAUAUAAUUAAAUAAUACCAAAUCAACUGAUUAAGUUUAAAGAAUUCAAGAUUUAGUUGAAAAAAAAUAUAUUUUAACAUAAAAAUGA